CCUCUUUACAUUCAGACACAAUUGGAUUGGAAGGAGGAAGACGGACCCAGGAAUAGGAGGAAACCAUCCUCCUGCUGCUCCUCCUCCUGUCAUUUAUCACUUGCCUCCCGACUCUCUUCCAAAGCAAGCUCAGUUGGGCUAAGGUGGCCUCAGAACAUCCAGGCAAGUGCCAGCAACUACUUGGCUGCCCUGUGCAUCCUGGGCCACCCCAUUAGCUGGUCACCAUCCCAGGCCACUGGGACCGCUUCUGAUGGCUGUGGCCUCCACUGCCCCAGGGAGCAUCUUCUGUAAGCAGCUCCUUUUCUUUCUCCUGGUUCUGUUAUUAUUUUGUGAUGCUCAUCAGAAGAUUGUUCUCCGAGUUCCUUCCCAUGUUCGGGCUAAUCAAAUUGUUGCCACGGUGGAUCUGAAGAAGUAUGCCAAGUCAGAUGUUGAAGUCUCUAGUUCCAAUGCUGACAAACAUGACUUCAGAGUUGAUAAAAAUGGCACAAUUUAUGCAAACCGUGACUUCCAUUUGCCUCCUAAAACAACUUUUACGAUUUUAAUAAAAAACCGUCAUACAGAGGAACAAAAAGAGGAAGAUGUUGUAUUGGAGCCAAGUACAGAAAAGUCUCGUAGGAGGAAACCUCCCCAAAACAGAUCCCUUGGGCGCAGUAAGAGAAGAUGGGCUCCUAUUCCGUGCUCAUUGAUGGAGAACUCAUUGGGGCCAUUUCCACAACAUGUCCAGCAGAUUCAAUCCGAUGCUGCACAGAAUUACACUGUCUUCUACUCCAUAAGUGGACCAGGAGUCGACAAAGAGCCCUUCAACCUGUUCUACAUAGAGAAAGACACUGGAGAUAUUUAUUGCACAAGAAGCAUUGACCGUGAGCAGUAUGAUCAGUUUUUGGUAUAUGGCUAUGUAACAACUGCAGAUGGCUAUGCACCAGAUUAUCCACUCCCCUUGUUAUUCAAAGUUGAAGAUGAUAAUGAUAAUGCCCCAUAUUUUGAAACCAAAAUGACAGUUUUUAGUGUGCCUGAAAAUUGCAGAUCUGGCACUUCUGUGGGACAAGUGACUGCUAUAGACCUUGAUGAACCUGACACGCUACAUACUCGUCUGAAAUAUAAAAUCUUGCAACAAAUCCCAGAUCAUCCAAAGCAUUUCACCAUACAUCCAGACACAGGUGUCAUUACUACAACUACACCUUUACUGGACAGAGAGAAAUGUGAUACUUACCAGUUAAUAAUGGAAGUGCGCGACAUGGGGGGCCAACCUUUUGGUUUAUUUUCUACUGGAAAAAUUACUAUUUCACUUGAAGAUGAAAAUGACAAUUCACCAUAUUUCACACAAGCUUCUUAUUUUACAGAAGUAGAAGAAAACAGAAUAAAUGUUGAGAUUUUACGGAUGAAAGUGCAGGACCAAGACUUAGCAAACACUCCUCACUCGAAGGCUGUAUACACAAUCCUACAGGGAAAUGAAAAUGGUAACUUCAAAAUUACCACGGAUCCAAAAACGAAUGAAGGAGUCUUGUGUGUUGUCACACCAUUGAACUAUGAAGUCAAUCGCCAAGUUAUUUUGCAAAUUGGUGUGCUUAAUGAAGCACAAUUCUCUAAAGCAGCGAACUCACCACUUCCUACAAUGUGUACUACAACUGUCACUGUUAAAAUUAAAGACAGAGAUGAGGGGCCUGAAUGUCAGCCACCAGUAAAAGUGAUUCAGAGCAAGGAUGGGCUCCCUGCUGGCAAAGAACUCCUUGGCUACAAAGCACUGGACCCAGAAUCACGCAAUGGCGAAGGCUUAAGGUAUAAGAAGGUACAAGAUGAAGGUAACUGGUUUAACAUUGAUGAAAACACUGGAAACUUGAAAACUGUAAAAGUACUAGAUAGAGAAUCAAAAUUUGUAAAAAACAACCAGUACAAUGUCUCAGUAGUAGCGAUGGAUGCAGUUGGCCGAUCCUGCACAGGAACAUUAGUAGUUUUUUUGGAAGAUUAUAAUGAUCACCCACCACAAAUUGAUAAAGAUGUGACCAUUUGCCAGCACAAUCAAGACUAUGCUGUUCUGGAACCUGUAGAUCCAGAUGGGCCUGAAAAUGGUCCACCUUUUCAAUUCUUUUUGGAUAAUUCUGCCAACAAACUUUGGACUAUCGAAUCAAAGGAUGGUACAAGUGCCAUUCUUCGUGGACGGCAACAUCUCGAAAAUAACUAUUAUUCUGUGCCUAUCCAAAUACAAGACAGACAUGGUAUUUCUGCAAAACAUAUUUUAUCAGUGAAAGUAUGUGACUGUACAACUCCAUCUGAAUGUAGAAUGAGUUUUAAAGAUGACAGAGAUAUUAAAGUAUCAAGCUCAAACGUAAUUCUUGGAAAGUGGGCUAUUCUUGCCAUGAUUUUGGGUUCUGCAUUGUUACUAUGUAUGAUAUUUACAUGUUUUUGUGUUACUACCAAGACAACAGUAAAGAAAUGUUUUCCAGAGGAUGUAGCCCAGCAAAAUUUAAUUGUAUCAAAUACUGAAGGACCUGGAGAAGAAGUAACGGAAGCAAAUAUUAGACUCCCUAUACAGACAUCCAACAUUUGUGACACAAGCAUGUCUGUUGGUACUCUUGGUGGCCAGGGAAUUAAAACACAGCAAAGUUUUGAAAUGGUCAAAGGAGGCUACACUUUGGAUUCCAGCAAAGGAGGUGGCCAUCAAACCUUGGAGUCCACAAAGGGGGUGGCAGACCCUGGCAGAUACACCUACACUGACUGGCAGAGCUUCACUCAGCCUCGGCUUGGAGAAAAGGUGUAUCUUUGCGGACAAGAUGAGCAGCAUAAACAUUCAGAAGACUACGUUCGUUCAUAUAACUAUGAAGGCAAAGGCUCUGUGGCAGGCUCAGUGGGCUGCUGCAGUGAUCAGCAGGAAGAAGAAGGCCUGGAGUUUCUAGAUCACCUGGAACCCAAAUUUAGGACAUUAGCUAAAACGUGUGUAAAGAAAUAAAUGUGCUUUCUAGUAGAGUAACAUCUACAAAUGCAUGUGUAGGAGUCUAUUGAAUAUAAAGGGAUAGCAGCAUCUGCUAGUGAUUUAGUGUAUCGGAGGGAACUAUGUUUGUUAUUGUAACUAUGAGACUCCCCCAAGUUCUCCCUGUCUCAGAAUUUCCAUAUUCUGUAAAGUAAAAGUUGCACUGCCAUUGUCUUGUAUAUGGUCGUGUAUACUGCACUGCCCCUUCGGGACUGCACGGUAUGCGCUCUUGUGUCUUCUAUGUAUUUGAAAACUCAUGCUACCUUGCGUGCUAUGAAGACUGUGUGGGAGGGCUGGGUACUGUGGAAGCUAUUCUGAAUGAAUUUUCAUUUUAGAUGUACAAAUUAAAAUUUUUCUUUCAAAAUCUUAGGGGAAAUUAUGAUCUUGGGUUUAUUUUCUUUAGUGCCAGAGAACUGCUGUCUCUCUACCUGCAGGAUGUAUAUGUAUUCUUAGGUGCAGCCUUCUGUUUGGUAGGUAAAUGAGUUCAUUUCUCACUACACCUUUCACUCCUUGGAGGAGGUGCUCCCAGUACUUUCUCUCCAGGAUCCUUUGGAGGUUUGUCCCUGGAUUGUCACUCAGGCGAUUGUGCUAGUCGGUGCCUACAGCUUCAGGGACUGUUGGAAAGACAUAGACCAGCAGCUUGGGCUGCACAGACUUGCCAAGGAUUAUGUGCAAGAUUUACAACGCUGAUGCCCAUGAGUGGACAGGCUCAAAAAGAUGUUUUAGCUGGGCGUGGUGCCACACACCUGUAAUCCUGGCACUGGGGAGGCCGAGUCAGGGGGAUCGCCAGGAGUUCAAGACCAGCCUGGGCUACAUAGUUCAAGGCUAGCCUGAACUACAUGACGACACCCUGUCUCAACGCCCCCCACACAAAUGUUUUGUAUGUCCAACAUGGUAUACUAGUUAGUCUUUAAAGAUAUAAAUACAUCGGCAAACCCAUUUAACCUCUAGUUUGACCCAGACCUGCCAUCUCAGAGCCUUUUACCCUGUACCUUCAAGCAUUUGUACAAUCAGCCCUGAAGGCAUUAGGCUGCAAUUCUGACAUAUAGGGCUUGGCCCUUCAUAUGUGACAAAAAUUUAGUUAACUUCUAUAUUGGAAUUUAGUACUCUAUCUACAUUGGUAAUCAUUCUUUUGAAAUGGAAAAUCAGAAAUAGUAUCUAGCACAUAUAUGAAUUUAUUAAAAAAUUAAAACCUAUUACAGCAACAGUGACUGAGAAUUCACUGAAUGUUUGAUAAAUGAACAAACAGGAGAGUAAGAAAAUUAUUUUGAAGGCAUACGAUUUUGAUAGGAUAUAUUUUAUUAACCUAGAAAGAUUAUAUAUUUAAGUAAUCUUUUAUUAGUCAUUUGUGGCAACCUCUAUCAAGCUAUACAGAAUAACAAUGUAUAUUAUGUGGAAAUUUCUCACCUAAAUUAAAUUGUUUUGUUUAACCUAUUAACCAGCUUUCUAUUUAAAAAACCAAGUGGUAGUCUUAUUCUCAGUUACAGUUUCUGAGGAAAGGUGAGUCUUAAUAUGAAAUUGGAUAUUGGAGCAAGAGAAGAUGUAGUUUUUUGUUUGUUUGUUUUGUUUUUUUGGUACCGGGGAUUGAACUCAGGUCCUUGCGCUUGCGCAGCAGGCGACGAAACCACUGAGCCAAAUCCCCAGCCCAAGAAAAUGUAGUUUUAAAAAGCCAGAUUUGGAUUUAUAAGAUGACCACAAUGUCCAAGUUUUAAUGUCAUUGUAAGGUAAUGGGGGAAGGGUGAUGCGAUUUGUAUUGCUUGACAUACAUAUUGCUUUGACAGUGAUAUGAGUUUUGAAAUUUAAAAUACAAUAUAACAAAUUUGGAAAUACAGUAUCAUAGGUUAUACUUUUGAAUGUAGGUAUAGAUGUUCUAUAAGUAAAAAAUAUUAGCUGAAUAUUAAGCUAUAUGUGUUUGUCUUUCUAUGUCUCUUCGAUUUGCUUAAAUAUGGAAAAGAAAAUUUAUAUCUGAGUGCAAAGCAUGUGUAAUGUCCUCAGGUAGAUUUCUCAGCAACAAAUGAUGUUUUGAAGUAUUAGAAGAAUUAGUAGAAUGUAGAAAAUGAAUUUGUAUUAAGCAUUUUGUCUAUUUAAAAUAUUUUAAAAUAUUAUUAAAAUUUAUCUCACAAAGAAGCUGUAACUGUUGAUUAAUUUCUGUAGGCAGCUCAAAGUCAUUUUCUGUUUAGACUCACAAUUACAUGUUAAUUGCAUGAUUGAUGAAAUUUAUGAAACUCCAUCAGACUGU